CGUUGCUCCGGGGCUGUGCUCAGUUCGCCCCCCUCCCCCGGCUCGGGGAACUACAACUCCCAGCAUGCACCUCGCAGGGCGGGAAACCCAGAAGGCGAAAGGCAGAGCCAGACCCUGGUACCGAUACUGGCUCCUGCCAACCCUUCUCAAAGCUUUGACCUCCGCUACCUGUGCGACAGCCGGACGCACACGCCUCUGUCUCUAUCCCUUCUCAGUCUAGCCCUCUGGUCGAUCUGGACUUAUUUUUUCCCCAAGUUUCCCGCAGGAACUAACUCUUGAAGGAGACCAACCCCAGCCGAGAGUUUUGCAGGCCGGACUAACCCGAGGCGAGGUUGGGAGCAGGGGCCGGCAGCGUGGAGAGAGCGUCCAGUUUCUCCUGGAAAGAGUGGGCUGCCCAGCUGGGACCCAGAGGCGAACAGGGGAUCCCGGCGGGGUGCGGAAGUGCACAAGCCCUCCCGACUAGAGUGGUACCUUCGGCAGGCCACCCUCACCCUAUAGAAGCCCGUUUAGGUGAGCCUCAGCCACUAUGUCCCACCAGCUUCCUCUGGGCUCCAGCUUCCUCGACCUGUGGAGGGAAAAGAACGACCAGCUCGUUCGACAGGCCAAGGUGGCUCAGGGCUCUGGUCUGCCGCUGAGGCGACAGCAGUUGGCUCAAGGGCUGGAAGGGCUCAGGGAGCUCCUUCGUAGUCUGCAAGGGCUUCCUGCAGCUGUUCCCAUUCUCCCCAUGGAGCUGACUGUCACCUGCAACUUCAUUAUCCUGAGGACAAGCCUAGCCCAGGGUUUUACUGAAGAUCAGGCUCAAUAUAUCCAACAGGGCCUAGAAAGAGUGCUGGAAACACAGGAACAGUUGGGGCCCAGGUUGGAAUGGGGACUCAGGGAGCUGUGGGAGUCUGUGCUGCAUGCUUCCUCCCUUCUGCCGGAGCUGCUUCCUGUCCUGCACCAUCUUGCUAGCCUGCAGGCUGCCCUCUGGCUGAGCACUGACCACCUUAGGGACCUGGCCUUCCUGCUGCAGAUCCUGAAUGGUAGCCAGAGUGGAACCUCUGAAGAUCUGCUGUUGCUUCUGAAAACUUGGAGCCCCCCUGCUAAGGAAUCAGAUACUCCAUUGACCCUGCAGGAUGCCCAGGAAUUGAGGGACAUCCUUCUGACAGCAUUUACUUACCGCCAAGGUCUCCAGGAAUUGAUCACAGGGAAUCUGCCCAAGGCACUAAGCAGCCUACAUGAAGCGGCCUCAGGUCUGUGUCCACGGCCUGUGUUGGUUCAGGUGUACACGGCACUGGGGACUUGUCUCCGUAAGAUGGGAUAUCCACAAAGAGCACUGCUGUACUUGAUUGAAGCCCUGAAAUGUGGAUCAGCCUUAGGUCCCCCACUUCUGGAGGCCUCUAGGAUAUAUCAGGAACUGGGAAACACAGCAGCAGAGCUGGAGAGUCUGGAGCUGCUGGUUGAGGUAAGGAACUGCAAGAGGGCAGAAGAUGCUGCAGAGCAUUACCUGGACCUGCUGGCCCUGUUGCUGGAUGACUCGGAGCCCAGGAUUUCCCCACUCCCCUCCCCUCCAGGACCCUGUAUGCCUGAGGUAUUUUUGGAGGCAGCGGCAGCACUGAUUCAAGCAGGCCGAGCUCAGGAUGCCUUGACAGUAUGUGAGGAGCUGCUCAGCCGCACAUCAUUUCUGCUACCCAAGAUGUCCCAUCUAUGGAAAGAUGCCAGAAAAGGAAUCAAGGAACUGCCACAUUGCCCACUCUGGAUCUCUGCCACCCACCUGCUUCAGGGCCAGGCCUGGGUACAGCUCGGAGUCCAAAAAGAAGCAGUUAAUGAAUUUAGCUGGUGCUUAGAGCUACUCUUCCGGACCACACCUAAGAACAAAGAACAAGGAGCAGCUUCCACACCCAACUGUGAGCAGGGGUGUAAGUCAGAUGUGGCACUGCAGCAGCUUCGUGCAGCCGCCCUGAUUAGUCGUGGACUGGAAUGGGUAGCCAGUGGCCAGGAUACCAAAGCCCUACAGGACUUCCUCCUCAGUGUGCAGAUAUGCCCAGGUAAUCGAGAUGCUUCCAUUCACCUGCUUCAGACUCUGAGGAGGCUGGAUCGGAGGGAUGAGGCCACUGGUCUCUGGAGGAGCUUGGAGGCCCAAACUAAGCUGCCACAGAAAGAUGCUUCAUGGUCUCUUCCCCUGUACCUAGAAACAUGUUUUAACUGGAUCCGUCCCUCUGAUUAUGGAACCCUCCUUGAAGAGUUUCAGACAUCUCUGCUGGAGCCUCAGGACCUGUAGCUGCCACAUUUCCAAGAGCUUAAACUGGGGCCCCAGUGGGCUAUCUCUCUGUGAAGGAGGGCUUUUUGCUUUACCAUCCUUGGGGAGUGUGGCUGGAAUUGACAUUCAUGUAUAAGUCCUGCACUGAUAUGGUUGGUGGUAGUCCUGCAAAAUUUGGCCUAGUUACUAUCAUUCUAGUUCUGGAGGAAACACUGCCACCAAAUUAUUGACUUGCCUGU